CUCUCAGCAGUGCUCCCGAGUCGCAAAGGCUGCGGAAGGUGAGAGGCAGUCAGUUCGUGUGCGUCACGGGCGCGGGGCCCGAGGAAGCAGGUCGGGCUUCAGAGGGGCAUCUGCAGACCGCGGUGACCGGCGUAGCACUGUCUCACUGUCCCGCAGUGUCAGUGCUGUCGUGAGACAAGAUGGGAAAGGGCUGCAAGGUUGUCGUUUGUGGGUUGCUGUCUGUUGGGAAAACUGCAAUUUUGGAGCAACUCCUUUAUGGGAAUCACACUAUUGGGAUGGAAGACUGUGAAACGCUGGAAGACGUGUACAUGGCAUCUGUGGAGACAGACCGUGGGGUGAAGGAGCAGCUUCACUUGUACGAUACCCGAGGCCUGCAGGAAGGCGUGGAGCUGCCAAAACAUUAUUUCUCAUUUGCUGAUGGCUUUGUUCUUGUAUACAGUGUGAAUAACCUCGAGUCCUUUCAAAGAGUGGAGCUUCUGAAGAAGGAGAUUGAUAAGUUCAAAGACAAAAAGGAAGUGGCAAUCGUCGUGUUAGGAAACAAACUAGACCUUUCUGAGCAGAGACAAGUGGAUGCUGACGUGGCACAACAGUGGGCAAGAAGUGAGAAAGUGAAGCUGUGGGAGGUGACAGUGACAGACCGGAGGACACUGAUUGAGCCCUUCACUUUACUGGCCAGCAAGCUUUCCCAGCCCCAAAGCAAAUCCAGUUUCCCUUUGCCCGGGAGGAAAAACAAAGGGAACUCCAAUUCCGAAAACUGAGUCAAGCCUUGAAAUGUCUGUAGCAUGGCACAAGGAUAUGAUUUAACGUGGCCCUUCACAAACCACCUCUGGACCUUAUGGAACCCCUAAGUGGUAAUUUAAUGCACUUUAUAAUUAAGUUACUAAACUAGUUUAUUGCUGUUGGAUAUCAUUUUGUCCUUAUUUGACGAUAAAGUGUUUUUGUUCUUAAAAUCAAGUUUGUUAUUUAUUCUGUACUUGUCAAUAAUAGCAAAAUAAAAUUUAGAGCGUAUGCAGUA